AAGGCAGAACGCUCUCAGCUUUGGACAUCCCCUCACUUUCACCUCCUUCGAGCUACUUAUUUGCACGAUGCUCAUUCGUAUUCGAUCUAAAGAUGGCAAUUUCCGCUUCGAAUUGGCACCUACCGCUGAUAUCUCAGAGUUGGUCGAAAAGAUACUGGAUACCACAGUCGAUGCUGAUCCAUCGACUUUGACGAUUUCGAAUCAGCCGCGAGGGAACGAGACAAAUGUGUCUACGCUGAAGGGGAGAAAUUUGCAGAGCUUGGGGCUAAAACAUGGCGAUCUAAUCUUCGUUGGUUAUCAAUCACGUCCUUCUGCAAGCACCUCUGCGCCCCAAGAGCAAGCCGCCCCCACGGCCGUGAUCCCCCUCGGCCCCUCCGACACCGCCAAACGUCCAUGGGAAACCGUUCAAGAGGACGCCGUCGACCGCUACUGGCGCUCCAAGGACGGUAUGAUCCCGCGCGGGCGCGACUCGCGCUUCUGCAAGCACGGCCCAAACGCGAUGUGCGACUACUGCAUGCCGCUCGAGCCGUACGACGCGGGCUACCACGCGCAGCACGCGAUCAAGCACCUCUCGUUCCACGCGUACGUGCGCAAGCUCACGCCGAAGCUGAGCGGCAGCGCGGCGAGCCAGCUGCCGCCGCUCACGCCCGCGUCGUACAAGGUGAAGGUGCCGUGCCCGACGGGCAGCCACCCGUCCUGGCCCGCGGCGAUCUGCACGGCGUGCCAGCCGAGCGCGAUCACGCUGCAGUCGCAGCCGUUUAGGAUGGUGGACCAUUUGGAGGUGGCUUCGCCGGAGAUUAUUGAGCGGUUCUUGCAGGCGUGGCGGGCGACGGGGCUGCAGCGCUUUGGGUGGCUGAUUGGGCACUACGAGCCGUACGAUGCGGUGCCGAUGGGGAUCAAGGCGGUUGUGGAGGCCAUCCACGAGCCGCCACAGGAAGGAGAACUUGAUGGACUGUCGCUUGGCCUGCCAUGGGAGGAUGAACCGCGGAUCCGUGCGCUCGCAGCGUCAGCGUCCACCCCACUGCAGAUCGUUGGAUACAUUUUCACGGACAUUGAUCCCACUUCAGAGGACAAGACGAAGAACGUGUACAAGCGGCACCCGAACUCGUUCUUCCUGUCUUCGCUGGAGGCGAUCUUCGCCGCUACCGUGCAGCACGCAAACCCUACACCGACGAAGUCCUCGACGACGGGGUACUUCUCGUCACGGAUGGUUACAGCGGUGGUGAGCGGGACGGAGGACGGCUCGAUAGAUAUCACGGCGUACCAGGUGUCGGAGCAGGCCGUGGCGAUGGUGGAGGCGGACAUGAUUGAGGCGAGCGUGGACCCCGGGACGAUGCUCGUGAAGAAAGAGGACCGGAGCGAGGACUCGGCGAGGUACAUCCCGGAUGUCUUUUUCCGGUACAAGAAUGAGUACGGGAUUGAGGUGAAGAAGAGCGCGAAGCCAUGUUUCCCGGUGGAGUACUUGUUGGUCAACGUGACGCAUGGUUUCCCGUCGAGUCCGUCGCCCGUCUUCCGCUCGAGCAAGUUCCAUAUCGAGAACAGACCUGGGCUGGAGGAUCAGAAUAUUGAGGAUGUCCUACGGGCAUUGGUCAACCUCCAGGCGCCGGAUAUUGAGCCUGGCACCCAGCAUAAGGACUAUCAGCGGCGCGCAGAGCUGCUCAAUUUCUUGAGUGACUGGCACUUGAUUGCAUUCCUUGGGACGUCUCAGUUAUUCUCAGAGGCUGAUUUGAGAGUACUCGCAAGGACAGCGACGGCGCCGAAUGCGGACGACCCGGAGGUUCUGGAUAGCCUGCUUCGCACGGAGAGCUGGCACACGCUGAUGACAUUCGCGAGGGAGACAGCUCCUCCCCGCCGACCAGCAACGUCGCCGCCACCGCUCAUGCCGACGAAUGCGAUGGACGAGGAUAUCCCUGAAGAGGUGUUUAACCGGUUCGAGGAGGUGGACGUUGGUGGAGGUACGACCAAGUGCCCGCAUUGUACGUUCGAGAACACGCACUCGACGGGGGAUUGCGACAUCUGUGGGCUGCCGCUGAACUGAGC